AAGGAGGAAUCACAGCUUGGCAGCAACUGCCACUGUGAAGCUUCCUGAAUUCUAACGUCUAUAAAUCUCUUUAUAGCAAGUUCCAGUAGUGUAAACAAAUCAGAUCUCUUUUCAACUAUAAAAACUAUAUAAAAUACUAUAUAUAAUCAUAUUGUAGGCCACCUUUUUGUUAAAGCAAACCCAGAAUUCACGUGCUGGCUUGUUCUGAGGUGCAAUUCCUGUGUGUAAAGAUAAAGGGUAUUUUGAGAUGGGUCUGUGGAACAAGUUAUGUGGGUUUUUGUUGAGUAUUGCAUUGCUGCUGGGGUGGGUGGUUUUGGGAGUGAAAGGGUAUCCAGCAGAGGAUCUGGUUGUGAAAUUGCCUGGUCAGCCUGAAGUUGGGUUUAAGCAGUAUGCUGGGUAUGUUGAUGUGGAUGUCAAGGCUGGGAGGAGCUUGUUUUAUUACUUUGUUGAAGCUGACAAGAACCCUGAAAAGAAGCCCCUCACUCUCUGGCUUAAUGGAGGGCCGGGAUGUUCCUCCAUUGGUGGGGGUGCUUUUACUGAAUUGGGUCCGUUUUAUCCUAGAGGUGAUGGCCGAGGCCUUCGAAGGAAUUCUUUGUCCUGGAAUAGAGCAUCAAAUCUCCUGUUUGUUGAGUCCCCUGUUGGUGUAGGUUGGUCAUACUCAAAUACUUCUUCAGAUUAUUAUAGUGAUGAUGCAUCCACUGCCAAGGAUAUGCAUAUUUUCAUGAUGAAAUGGUAUGAGAAGUUCCCAGAAUUCAAGUCCAGGGAAUUGUUUCUGACAGGAGAAAGUUAUGCAGGACAUUACGUACCGCAGUUGGCUGAUGUUCUACUUGAUCAUAAUGCACAUUCAUCUGGCUUUAAGUUUAACAUCAAAGGAGUUGCUAUUGGGAAUCCCCUUCUCAGACUUGAUCGGGAUGUUCCAGCAACAUAUGAAUUCUUUUGGUCGCACGGGAUGAUUUCUGAUGAAAUUGGCCUUACCAUCAUGAAUGAAUGUGAUUUUGAUGACUAUGUCUUUGAGAGUCCUCAUAAUGUAUCCCAGCCGUGCAAACAGGCCAUAGCUGAAGCAAAUAGCAUUGUUGGUGAUUAUAUAAAUAAUUAUGAUGUUAUCCUAGAUGUUUGCUAUCCAUCUAUUGUAGAACAAGAGUUGCGAUUGCGGAAGAUGGCCACUAAGAUAAGUGUUGGAGUUGAUGUGUGUAUGACAUAUGAACGGCGUUUAUACCUUAAUCUCCCUGAGGUUCAGAUGGCACUUCACGCGAAUCGCACUAAAUUAUCUUAUCCAUGGAGUAUGUGCAGUAGACAAUUACUGUACAGUGAUACUGAUGGUAACAUAAACAUCCUUCCUAUUCUCGAAAAGAUUAUCCAAAAUGGUAUUCCUGUUUGGAUAUUCAGUGGGGAUCAAGAUUCUGUUGUGCCACUGCUUGGCUCGAGAACACUCGUCCGUGAACUGGCUCAUGAUUUGAAGUUCAAGAUUACAGUCCCAUAUGGAGCUUGGUUUCACAAACGCCAGGUUGGAGGUUGGGUGACUGAAUAUGGAAAUUUGUUGACCUUUGCCACGGUGAGGGGGGCAGCACAUAUGGUACCCUAUGCACAACCAUCAAGAGCCUUGCAUCUUUUCACUUCAUUUGUUCGUGGCCGCAGACUGCCUAACAACACACGUCCUUCGAUUGAUGAAUGAGAAUACUGCACCCAACAGAACAGUGUGAUAGAGUUUCGAGUUUUACAAUUUGCUUAUCCAAAGGUAAUACAAAUGAUUGAGUUCUCAGGGAAUAAGGUGUCGUCAGAAGAAAAGAGGACACUGAAGUUACAGUAGCAGAGAGGAGAAUUUGAUGUGGGACUUGUUCUUCAUUAAAAUAGUGGCAAUUAUUUUAUCUGAUUGAAAUGGAUCAGGCUCUGAUUAACUGAUAGAGUGAAUUUUUUUUUUUUUUUUUGGAUUGUGUGGAAAUGUAAUUUGAUUCAUUGGUUUAGAUUUAAUUGAACUGCAUGCAUCUCAAUGAAUUUAUUUCCUGGAAAAUAUACAUCAAGGGAGCUUGUACAGUUAUUCAAAGAGUCGAAGUAGCUAGUGUAAUCUGAUUAAUUGAAGCUUGUGGGUAUUAAACCAACCAUAUCCAACUGGAACUAAAUUGACAACCCGUGUCCAAUUGCAAAGACAAUAUAUUUUACCAUUGCCAGCUAUGUCUCUGCCAUUGUUACAGAAUUUAUCUUCCCUUGAUAAAAGAGAGUUUUAUCAGUUUCGAUGCCAAUAAUAUUUUCUUUCUUAAGAGUUGUAACGGUAGUCUUUUUCAAGCCUCGGGCAAUGUCCAGAGUUGUUGAGGUCCAAAUCUGUCGUUCAUGGUGACGUUCAACUGUAGGACUUGCUUGCUAGGGGGCCUCAAUAACAAGAGUCAUGCCCAAAUCCGGUUACGAGGACCAUAAAAAACGCAAAGAGCAAUGUAUAUGCCAUAAGA